AUGCAUAAUGUAUACAAUGUUAUAAUGCUAUCUAGGGUAAAUUCUAUAAAUGAUGAGAUUAAGGCAUUUAUAUGGACAGGCCGUAACAAUAAGUCAGUAUCAUGGAUUCGACGCAGAGACGCCCAUAUCCUGACUGUGGACAGGUACACAUUCAUAGCUGACGAAAGGUUUCAAUCGUUUCUAAUUGAAACAACUGGAACCUGGACCUUACAAGUGAAGUACGUGCAGCAGCGUGACGCUGGAUCGUACGAGUGCCAGGUGUCGGGUUCUUCAGAGAGCGACCGCAAGAUGAGUUCGAUAGUGAACCUACAUGUUGUGGUUCCUCAUACCGAAAUUCUAGGAGAAUCCGAUGUGUAUGUACGAGUAGGAAGCACAGUGGCCCUCAGGUGUCUGGUUAGAGACGCAAUGAUAGCUCCGCCGUCAUACAUCAACUGGUACCACGGCGGGGUCAGAAUACUGCAGACAUACGGGGACAAAUACACGCCUUGGGCGGCCAGUAUGGAACGCACGCCGGACGAUUCGACGAUCGGAAUUCUUCGCAUCGAGUCCGCUCAGCGCGAACAUUCCGGCAACUACACAUGCCAUCCGUCAAAUCUGGCGCCCGCCCGGGUUACGCUGCACGUACUAGAUGGUAAACGAAUACCUCGUUUUGAUCCCACGAAGCAUGUAUCAAAUAAAUUAAUUUGCGUUGAGCUAUUGGAUUUAUUCGCUUUCAUUUGGAAUAAGUUCACGUGA